AUGCAUGACCAAUUAUCUGACGAGUCAACCGAUGAAGAAGAACUCAACAGAGGCUUUGAUGCGGAAGCACAAUUGAUUGUGCAAACUGACACUUUACCCAAGAAAUCUGCUGAUAAAUAUACGCUAGUCUAUAAUACUUACAAAAAAUGGAAACAAAAAAAUAAAAGUGCUUUAUCUGAUUCUGAGGAAAAUAAUUUAAUUGUUUAUUUCAAAAGUCUAUCCACAAGAUUAUGCGACGAAUUAAAAGAACUUCAAGUUACUGAUAUUGAAGAAAUUAACGCUUAUGUUGAGAACUCCUUAAUGAACAGACAAAAAAUCUUUGAUACAAUAACACAUACAGCUAAAGUUGCUCAUCCAUCAGAUACAAAUCCGCAACCAUCUACAAGUGAAACUAAUUCGACUAAAACAAAAAGUUCGGUUCAAACUCAUGAAUCUAUAUCAACAGAAACCGAUUGUGAUAAUUUGUUUGAUGACUUUUGCUUAGAUGAUGACACUUUGGCGGCGAUUGACAACUCAUUUGAAUCAGAAAAACCAGUAUCAUUGUUACCUUCCUUUACCACAGCAAACAAUGAAAAAAUAAUUAUAAAUUCUGACGUUGAAACAGCUGAACCUUGUCAUUUUUUAAAAAAACCACCAAUCUCGGUUUUUUCUCAUGACAAAGAAAAUCAACCUCCAGAGAAAAAAAUGAAGGUCGAGCAAAUACGUAAUGCAAACAGUAAUGUGAAAUCGGCAUCAACAUUAACUAAUUUUGUAACAAGUCGACAAAAAUUUAAAUCUAUAGAAGCGUUAUCAAGCAAAAAUCCAAACAUAAGAUACGACAACUGUACAUUUCACGGAAAUAUAAUUAAUAACUUUUAUAUUUCUGAUGAUAAACUUCCUGAGCAAAAUAUAUAAUUUACUAUAACAGGUUUAACAUUAUAAUAUUAUUACUUUUAAGGUAUAAUGCAUGCAAAAUAUUCAA